UGAAUACAUUUUGUCUCUGGUCCUAUUUUCGCAAAAAUCUUCCUUUUUUGAGUUUUAAAAUUUGACACCCCAACAUCUUUCCGACUACAUUGUUCCAGUCUGAUGUAAUUUUUGUUAUUUUGACCAACAUUUUGUUGGCUGAUUGUAAGAGAUGACUCGAGAGGCUUUAGCGCUGUACAAACAGCUUAUACGUGCUUCUAAUGGUUUUUCGAAUUAUAACUACAGAUGUUAUGCGAUUCGACGGGUACAAGAAGAAUUCAAAAGGUCCCUGCACGAAAAGGAUCCUCGCAAGAUUAGUCAAAUGUUUUCUAAAGCGCAGACGAAUUUGGAAAUAAUUAAGCGGCAGGCUACGCUGUCGCAGUUGUAUCCGUCUAACAGAUUGGUGAUAGAAACGCUUGGGAAACUCCCGGAAGCUCCAAAAAGUGCCACAGUCCGUACCGCAUAAAUCGUUUGUAUACAUUCUCUGCGAAAUAAAGAGGGAAAACCCGAGUUUGAGUUGAUGGGUGUACAGAGUACAGUACUUACAAGUUUUUGGUUGUCAGACGAAUCUGGGCUCUCGGGGAUUCUAUUGUUAUUUUAGCAGUUGACUAAAAUAACUGAUGAUAAAAUUUUUUUAAUGUAAAGUUGAUUGGUGCAUUUGGUGAGCACCGUUGAGGUCUACUCGUAAUCCUCUGGAAAAAAUAAACCAAGAAAUAUGU